CCGGACUCGCCAUCCGCGAAAAGGAGAAAGCACGUCUCAGCUGUAUAGACUUGUCACUUUUGUCCCUCUGCAUGCGCUGCCCAUUUACGCUCCUGAGUGCUCGCUACCGGGGCGUCGCUCCAAUGAGGGACAGCCGUCAUCAUGGCUGGUUUGUGGUGAUUAACACCUAUCGCAGCAGCUCCAUUUCCUGCUGCGCUCGAUAGCUUCCAGCCAUAUUGUCUUGUUCAGCAUUUUGUAACGCUCCAAGAUGCAAAUGUAGCCAUGUUCAAGACAUUGCUGGCUAUUAUUGUAGGUACUGAAAUGUUGAACGGCUAUUUUUGUAGUUGUUGAGCUCAUUGGAUUGGUUAAAACGUUUAUGCCAAGUCUUUAAAGGCAGGCUAUAACGGUAAUACUUGGAAUAUGUAUACUGUGAUGGGAAGACUGGAGGGAAGCGGGUUAGACUGGGGGGAUAGUCAUGCCCAUACAUUCGCGAAAAAGGCCGACGGACAUCAUCGAUCGCUAUGGAGGGGCUGGGCGUCGUGUACGAGCAGGAGGAGCCUGUGGUAGACAUCCAGCAGACGCCCACGGGGGGCAACCACGCGGCUGCGGUGUCUGCGCCGAACCACGAGGCUGAGGACGACGAUGAGAUCCGCGCUCUGGCUAGCAAUCCGGACGACCUGGACGCACAGCAGCAGCAACCGACUCAGACCCAGCAACAGCCUCAGCCUCAGCCUCAGUACAACGCGCCUGGUGGGUACGGGGACUACGCACAGAGUAGUGGCCAACAUCCGCAGCAACUUAUGGAGCACCACCAUGGCUACGACAAGAACGGAAGCAGUGCGCAGCCAGGCAAGCUCUUUAUCGGCGGCGUGUCUUGGGAGACCACGGAGGACACACUGCGCCAACAUUUUGGCAAGUAUGGUGCGCUCACGGACGCGGCGCUGAUGAAGGACAAGUACACGGGCCAGCCACGAGGCUUCGGCUUCGUGACAUUCGCUGACGCCACAGCGAUUGACCGCGUGCUGGACGAGACGCAUACACUGGACGGCCGGACGGUGGAGGUGAAACGCGCGAUUCCAAGGGAGCGAACGGCGCCGGGCUCGAGUAGCGAUUUCCGCGGCGGACGCGGCGGAUACAGCAGCGGUGGCUUUACGGAGCAGAAGAAAAUCUUUGUGGGUGGUCUCGCCCCCACCGUAACGGAGCAGGACUUCCGUCACUACUUUGAGGAGUUUGGCAAGAUCACAGAUGCCGUGGUUAUGAUCGACCGCGACACGCAGCGCUCACGUGGAUUUGGCUUUAUCACGUUCGAGGAGGAGUCGUCAGUAGCUGAAGUGAUCAGCAAGAACCACGAAAUUCACGGCAAGACCGUCGAGAUUAAGCGCGCAGAGCCUAAGGAAGCCCGUGGUGGCGGUGGCGGCUAUGGUGGUGGCCGUGGAGGCCGCGGAGGCGGCUGGCGAGGUGGAGGGGGUCGUGGUGGCGGCGGCGGUGGCUAUGGUGGUGGCUAUGGUGGCUAUGGUGGAAGCUACGGCGGUGGUUAUGGUGGCGGCUACGGUGGCGGCUACGGAGGUGGUUAUGGUGGUGCUGCUGCAUACGGCGCUGGUGGUUACGGAGGUUACCCGCAGUCAUAUGCCGGCUAUGGCUAUGGUGGCUAUGGAGGUCGCGGUGGCUACGGCUACGGUGGCUACGGAGGUUACGGCGGCUAUGGUGCUGGAGGUGCCGGUGCUGGUGGCGAAGGUGCCGGUCAGGAAGGUGGUGCAGGUGGAGAAGAAGGGGGAUACGGUGAAGAUGGAGCCCAGCAGGGAGGCCAGGGCGGCCAAGGGGCUGCUGCUAGUGGCUACGGUUAUGGCGGCGGCUAUCGCCAGGGAGGAGGCUCCGGUGGUGCUCAAGGAGGUUCUGGCGGACGAUCGGACCGAUACCGCCCGUACUAAGCAUUCACGCGACGAAGAAACGAAGGCUGAGCAAAAUCUGCCUGCGCACACAACCUAUCAGGGUGUGCUUGUUUAUCGUCUCGCGCCAGCUGCAUCAACCUCUCGGCUUCGACUCCUCCAGCUCGUACCUGUUGCUAUCCAAUCAAUACUUUUUGAAUAACGCCCGCUUUUUAAAUUAUCUCCACGCAGAAGUUCUGCUAGAUGCACUUACGUUGCUUCCUUCGUGUACAUGUAAUACGUGUUCAUACCCCUGACAGUGACUUUGGCGUAAUUUUGAUAGACUAAUUUUUCUUACAAAAAAUUACGGUAUUUUGUUUACAAAAUCCAAAUC